AAAAAGCAAGUCUUUUACUCUCUGUUUUCAUACACCUGAUAUUGGUAAACAGUAAUUCUGAAUCGAAAACGAGUUUUUAAGACUGGAAAACAACGAAGACCUAAUCACGGUAUGCUGGACGUUAUAUUUAUUUAUGUGAUUUUCUCUUUGUUACAGGUUCUGUCAGCAGAGGACAGUGAAGCCCCAGGCUCUUCACCUCUGAACAGAGCAGCUCUGGCCGAGCUAACCAAUGAGGAGAGUGUGGACGAGAGAUCUCCUUCGUUCGAGCGUAACCGGAACAGCAUGACAUCCGAAUCAUCGUCAAGUUCAUCUAAUGACACAUUAAAGAUGAGAGGAAGCUAUGUACACAUGUCCGCAGAUGAACAAGAUGACGCUUUGAGUGGCCAUUCAUCUCGCUCAUCAGUCACGCUACUUGAGUUAUUGAGAUCAAAGGAUAACGACCUUCGCAAGAUUCUGGAUGAAAAAUCAAAACUGGUUGCUGAACUAAGGGGAUCAAACAUGACAGUAGGAGCCUCCACUAGUGAGAGUCAUGUUAACGGCGAUUCAGUAGAGGCUAGAGACUUAAUUUUGGCAGCAAUUCUUCAAGCGAAUCGUUUAACAGUCGCUGUGAGUGAUGUGUUGAACCCGAACAUAGACGACAUGUCUCGUGGAGUGGGGUCGCUGGGAUAUGGUACAACUCAAGGCGACUUCUCUCCUCAGCAACAACUCGUUUCGUCAACGUCUGUUCUGAAUGAACAGCUUACGACGUUACUUGGAGUCAUCACAGAGCGAGAUAUGGCGAGAGAAAGGUUACGAUGUGACCUUCAGUACGCCAACUCUCAAAUCCAGCGCUUGAAACAGGGACGGUCAUCAUCUCGCCGCACCAGAGAACUUCCUGCUUCCCAGUUCUCUGUUAAUGACGAUCAUUUCUCAUUCUCGGAUUCCCCUCGGCCCAGUUCUCCGACCUCUACCGUCGAUUUAGAUUCAGAUUACGCUCGUUUAUCGGAGACAAGUGAUUAUUUAGCCUCUGAGGACAAUAUGGAGUCGGUUGGGCGUCCUUCAUCGUUUUCAGGGUAUCGAUCCAGAAGCUUGGCCUCCAGUGGGUACCGUUCCUCUACGGCUUCCUCGCGACACACGUGGCGUUCACGUGAUGAAUCUACAACGCAAUUUCGCCGAGGCGGCCGUUCCAAUAACAGGGCCUACUGGAGCGACGAUGGUGCGGAAUACGAGUCACAAUCACAAAUAUAGUUCAGGGUCACUCGCCUCUGCUGCUGUAGCUCAAGUAUAACAAGCGGGAACCACGCACAGGUCGCCUUGUGAGAAAUCAUAAUGAUACAGCUGUUAGACUUGUGACAACAAGCGCAGUUUUUCAUUGUGGUGGACACAUUAAUGGACUGCGUCUUCAAUCACCACAGAGACAUGCAGCGGUAUAUUUUCUAUAGCGUCCGAACAAUUUAACGUCGCAUUUUCAAUUGUCACAGCCUCGAGUAAGCACAAAAGUGUUCAGUCUUCAAGUUUAUUCCAACUAGUUUAUGAAACGUCGAUUUUAAGUCUAGUAACAUUUCUUUUAAGACAUAAUUUUAUGUUGUAGCAAGUAGCCUUUGUAGUGUAGUUUUUUUUAAAUUCUUAAUUUCUGAUUAAUUGUAUCGCACAUGCAGGUCAUGAGGACAACAGCUGAUCAGAUGGUACUCUUAAGUUCUUUACUAGUUCUGUAAGAAAUACGUUACCAGUAGAUUGGAGAAUUAUAGCAUGUUGACAUCAGUACAGAGAAACCAUGUUGGCAAACGGUAGCAAAACGCAACGCAUUUGUUGUUGUGUACAGAAUUUUAAAUUCGUUUAUCUUGGAUCGACAAAGAACUGUCAGGGCCGCUUCAUGUGUGCUUCAAUUGGCUCGAGUUCUUACAGCCUAGGCAAGUGUUGUAUUUGUUUUACUAAGAACCGUCUUUGUUCCGUGGUACAUAAAGUAACAGUAAUUUGUCUAACGUGCUGAAUAUGCCCAGAAUUUGACAUGUGCACUGGGUUUGAUUAUGAGCAAAUUGUCAACGAUCAAAUGAAGACAUUUCUAGAGCCUUAGUCUGAAUUCCUGGUAUUAGAAUUGCCUAGCUGCUGCUGCUGCUGCUGCUAGAUUUUAAGUUCAAAUUAAGCUACACUGCUGUGUGGUCUCUUGUUAUUAUUUCCAGGCGAAUCCCUAACUGCUAUUCGAUAAUCUCGCUAAAGUUGUCGCAAUUAAUUCUAGUGUUUUACUGUUUAUAUAAACAGCUUAGCAG